AUGCCGAUUUCCGUCGAUAUUAUGUAUUCUGAUGUGAUAGCCACAAUCGACGAUGGAAUCAAUGAAAAAGUGACAUUGACAGACGAGACUGACGUGUCGAAUAAGGUGAAAGAGUACUUGGAUGAGAAGUAUGUGAAGACGAAUGAUGUGGAAUUGGAGCACGUUUCGAUUCUGUUGUCUCUUUCGAAUGUCGUUUACCUUAUUUGGGUUUUUCUAACUGAUUUUAUUCCACUACCGUAUUCAGAGAAAAAUGAAAAGGACGACAAUUCGAGAAAAAUUCGAUAUAGAAAAGGAACGAUUGGAGAGAAGAAAGGUUCAAACCAAGAGAAAAACACGUUUUUCAUCAAGCUUGGUUCCGAUGCUCACGACGAAAUCAAAUAUCGACGUCAAGUGAGGGAUACUGUGGAAUCAGUGAUCAAUACAAGCAUCAACUAUUCGCUACAAAACCUUCGUAACUACCACUACGACAUUGAUCUGGAGCAACUUGUUUAUUGCUCGCUCUCCUACACCAAUCCACCUCAACUUCCAUCCUCCUUUCCAUGCAAGAGCUGGAAUAUCAAGUGUGAAUCCCAUACUCCAUACGUCAUCAAUCUUCUGAAUUCCAUCCCAUUAAACUGUGAUUCGCUGAAAAUCGAAGUGGAAGAUUUCGGAUUUUAUGGACUGUUGAAAGAUAUGGAACAAGUGAAAACUGCAAAGAAAUUGCAAUUGAAAAGAACUAAUUUGGAGGAAUGGAUUUCAGAGUGUAGCAAUUUGGAAAGUUGA